AGCACGGGGGCUGGGAGCCAGGACUCCUGGGUUCUCUUGCGGCUCUGGGAGGGGAGUGGGGGCUGGUGGGGUAGAGCCAGGACUCCUGGGUCCCAAGCUGCUCUCUGUGAUGUUGUCAGAGGGUGGGCUCCACCCGUUCAUUAGCGCUGAUUGCACCAGGGUGUGGCCAGGCAGUGCCGGGGGGAGGGGAUAUAUCAGACCCCUGUGGAGGCCCAGUAGGGAGCUAGUGAGCAGGGGGAGGGGGUUUCCCUGGGGUAGGGCUUUGGGGUGAAGUGUGUCUUGCACAGCUGGGUGCCUGGGGCCUCCCCAGGGGUGAGCUCCCUGCCCCCAGGCUGACCUGCCCCCUCAGCCAUGGGUGAGUCCCCCGUGCGAGUGGAGGUGCUGACCCAGCUGCAGCACCACGGCAUCCCCUCAGAGCAGAUCACCUACCCUCGCGUCACCCUCUCCGCGCCCUGGCGGCUCUGUGUCCGGCAUGGCCUCCCCGAGGACCCUGCUGGGGCCCGAGUCACCCUGCUCGACCUGCGUGAGCCCCACGGCCCAGCCACCCACAGCUGGCCCCUGCACCAGGCCCAGGGUGCGCUGGCCCACCCCAGCCAGCCCCUGCUGGCCCUACGAGCGGGCUGUGUGGCACAGGUGUUCGAUGUGGCGCAGCGCUGCCUACGCUGGCAGUGGACCUUUGCCCACCCCCUGGAGUUCUGGGCCUGGCUGGAGCCCAACACGCUGGCGCUGGUGACGGAGGAGGAGGUGUUCCACUGGGCCCUCAGCCGACCAAAGCCGCGGCGUCAGUUCUGGCGCCAUGAGCAGCUGUGGCGCACGGAGGUGGUGGGAUACCAGCAGGACGCCAGCGGGCUCUGGCUGGCGCUGUCCACACUGGGCCUGGACCAGAAGGGCCAGGUGGUGGGGCUGACCCAGCUGUACUGGCGGGGGGGGCGGCUCUCCCAGGUCAUCGAGGCCCAGGCGGUGGCGCUGCCCCGGCACAGCUUCUCCAGGAACCCCCACCCCUCCUCCGCCUUGCUGGCCGCCGUCCGGCACGGGGCAGAGCGCUACGGGCAGUUCCACGUGGUGGAGCUGGGCCCGCACCAGCCAGGCAACGCUGCCCUGCUCAGUGCCCGCGCCAGCCUGGCCUUCAAGGGUGCCCGGCCCGGGGACUUCCCCAGCGCCGUGCAGUUCGCCCCACGGCUGGGCCUGGCCCUGGUGCUCACCAAGCACGCCCUGCUCUUCCUGGCCGACGUGGAGACCGCCCAGCCCCUGCACCGCGUCCAGCUGGCCUGGGACAUCGUCUUCACCACGGUGCCCGACCCCCCCCGCCACGGCCUGGUGGGGGUGUGCCGCAGCGGCAAGGUGCUGUCGGUCUCGCUGGGCCUGGACCCCCUCCUGCAGCUGCUGUCGCACCGCCCUGCCAGUCUCUAUCUCACCCAGCGCCUGCUGCAGCUGGUGGGGCGGGUGCCGCGCCCCGGGGCCAGCCCAGACCCCAAGCUGGGGGGCUGGGGAGCGGGCAGGGCUGGGGGGCUCUGUCACUAGGGUAACUUGUA